AUCAGGAAACACAUUCUGGGCGUGCAUGCUAAAGUUCCCGAGCGAUAUAAAGCUGCCGCGAUGCAUUGCUCACGUUUGAGUCGUGAGGAUAACUCUCUACUUAGUGAUGAUAACCUUCUCCAGCUCGCCAAAAUGAAGUGGAAAGGCACUGUGAUCAGACCGCUUUCAGAGAUUUCCACGUUGCCAUCUUCAGAGGCACCAAGCACUUCUCGACAUCAACGUAACUCUGUGAUUAGAUUACCUGAACUUGAUAUCCCUACUUCUUCUACCCCGGCGGUUCUCAAUAGGACGUUAAAGGGUAGGCAAGCUAUCCCCUUCUAUUCAUGUUCUGCUUGUCGUGUGGCCUCUGAGGACCCUGCAGCUAUGCGAUCUCAUGUUGUAAGGGAACAUCUUGGUGUCCCGCCUUACGAAUGUCCCGAGUGUGCUGAAGCUUUCUUUACAUCCAGCAAUCUUGGUACUCAUUGCGCUUCUGCGCAUGAGAACUGUAUUCCAAUCAUUCCACCAACCUCAUUGGCCACUCCAUUUAGAUUGGCGAUGCAAUCGGUAUCGAUCAAUAAUCAUGAUACUCCUACUUCCCCGAGUGAACUAAUGCUUAAAGAGGAGGUUGCGAAGGAGGAUGAGGAUAUGGGCCAGUUAUGGACAAAUUGGAACCUACCAUCAUCUUUCAGUGCAACACCAAAGCUCCAGGAGGAGGAGUCUUCCUCCGUAAAUGGGAGAAUUGACGAACCGAUUCCUUCUUCAUCCGCUGUAUUUCCUACCACCAUCGACGUGAAACCAACUCCCACUUCUUCUAAGAAUGGUGGCGCUGUAGGAUCUAGUAGACGAAAACCCGCCAAAGCCAAUCUCGUACAGCUUAAGCAACCACCAAAGAUGACCACCAUUACCGAUCCGUUUAACACGAGGGACGGCGAUAAUGAAGGAGAAACUGUAGUGAAAAAGGAAGAACCUGAUACUUACGAAAUUCCCCUCAAGAAACCACGUUUGGAUGGGAGUGCAAUUGAACCAACUCGUUGA